AUGUCCCGUUUAUUAUACAUCAUUCCUAUACUUCUUCUUUUCUGCACUCUUCCCGUGGCUUCUUUGAACAGUAAACGAUCCGAUCCAAUGUUCCUGGCCCUAGCUUGUCCUAAUCAAUGUGAAGUUCGUGUCCGGUUUUUGGAGUCUAUGUCGGGACUCUCCGUCUAUAACAACACAACUCCAAUAUUUCAAAUGAUUUUAUCCAGCACGAAUGGAACUCUUGACGAACAUAGACUCCACGUUCCAGAAGACGUUAGUGUCCUUGAAUUUGUCUUUGAACCCAGAGAAGAUUUUAAUGGAACAAUAAAUCAGGAAACGAGUGUUUGGGAUUUGACCUAUUCAGAAACAUAUUUUCACUCCUCUGGAGGAGGAUCACUUUAUAUGUUUGGAAACUUGCCGUGUGGAAAAUACGGUUGUCCCCAAAACCCCCUCUGCGACGCUGGUUGCCGUUUCACAGUCAUCGCAUCAAUCGGUGCAUUCUGUCUCUCGAUCCUCGCUGGUCUCAUCCUUCAAACCGUCUACGUGUCGUUCCUCGGAUUCCGUAAAACACGAAAAGAGCUCGAGAUUCGCGAUACGCUCCGUUUGACAGAGUCCGCUGAGCCUUCACAUUAA